AUGCCUGGCCCCUCUCUUGUUCUCUUUGUUGUUGUUGUUGUUGUUCUUCUUCAAGGAGUUUCCUGCGUGCAACCAGAAGCUCCUCCCCCCAAAGCUGCUCCCCUGCGUGGAUUACCUUGGGCCCAGCUGAACUUUCUGCAUACAACAGAUGUGCACGGCUGGUGGGGCGGGCAUUUGCAAGAAUCAUCAUUUUCGGCUGACUGGGGAGACUAUGUCUCUUUUGCUAAGCACCUGCACGACAAGGCAGAUGCAGAUGGCUCAGAUCUCUUGCUCAUCGACACGGGAGAUCGCGUAGAGGGAAAUGCUAUUUAUGACUCCUCCAAGCCGCGCGGUAAAUUCACAUAUGAGAUUGCGAAAGAGCAACAUAUUGAUCUGAUCAGCUCUGGCAACCAUGAGUUGUACAAAGCCGAUACGGCCGAAGGAGAGUUCUAUCACACGGUUCCCGAUUUCAAGGGAAGCUAUCUAGCUUCUAAUCUGGACAUCUACAACCCCAAGACUGGAAAGCUGGAAGCACUGGCCCCUCGUUUCAAAAAGUUUACUACAAAGAACCAAGGAAUUCGCAUCUUGGCCUUUGGAUUCAUCUUUGAUUUCACAGCCAAUGCGAAUAAUACAGUGAUACAGCGAGUCGAAGAUACUGUCAAGGAGGAUUGGUUUACAGAGGCCAUCAAAGAUCAAGAUCUGGAUCUGAUCAUCGUGUUUGGCCACGUGGAUAUCCGCUCCGACGAGUACAAAGCUGUGUACUCUACGAUUCGAUCUGCUCGGUGGGACAUACCAAUACAAUUCUUCGGAGGGCAUUCGCAUAUUCGAGACUUCAAGAUCUUUGACAGCAAGUCUGUGGCUCUGGAGAGUGGUCGCUACAUGGAGACAUUGGGUUUCAUGUCAAUUGAUGGGCUUAAUACUGGUGGCACAGAAGGUCGCAACCCUGUGGCGGCGAAGGCUGGACUCACCUUCUCACGUCGCUACAUUGACAAUAAUCUGUUCUCGCUCCGUCAUCACAGCGCAAAGAAUGAAACCUCUUUUUCAACCAAACACGGCGAAAAGGUUUCUCAUGCAAUCGGAGAUGCCAGGAAGUCUCUUGGUCUUGGCGAGAAGUACGGAUGUGCGCCUCAGAAUCUCUGGGUCAAUCGGCGACCAUACCCACACAAUGAGAGCAUCUUUACCUGGAUCGAAGAGCAAUUACUCCCACAGUCAGUUGGAAAAGCGGAGAGACAUGAAAAGGAGAACAAGAAAGCCUUAGUCCUCAUCAAUACAGGCGCGAUUCGAUUUGAUAUCUUCAAAGGUACUUUCACUAAGGAUACAAAGUUCCUGGUAUCGCCAUUUACCAGUGCUCUUCGCUACAUUAAAGACGUACCAUACCAAGCGGCCAGCCAGGUCAUCAAACUCCUGAAUAACGAAGGACCCAUCAUGCUGGAAAUGAUGGACAACAAUGCCUUCUUGCAGCCGCCAGAUGUACUAGCAGCACGAUUCCGUCCCAUGAUGUUCUCGCAGCACGACAACUUGGCCCAGUCUCCCCGGGAUCAGACAGUUUUAACAAGUAACGACGGUCCCGAGCCAUUCCCUGGUUACACAACCAUAGACGAUGCUGGAGAAGAUGGCGACGACACGGUGCAUGAGAGGAUUCAAUUCUACCAAGUGCCGAAUGCCAUUCAGUCGACUGUUGGGUUCAAGGCAUCCGACGACCAUGAACCCGAGAAGGUGGAUGUAAUGUACAACGCAUUCCUAGAGAGGUGGGUUUUGCUCGCACUGGAGUAUACAGGGCAGAAGUACUCGCUGGAAGACACAGAGGCUUUCGCCAAUGGGCGCAGUUUCACAGACAUCAUGACAGACUGGGUCAAAGAGCAUUGGGGUACUGAGGAAAAAUGCCCACAAUGA